GUAGCCUACCCUGCAAGUAAUGUCGUCUUGAGUCCAAACUUUGGUAGUGCAGAACAAAGUUGAGCUUGAAAAUAUUGUGAAAUACACACUAUUGACAUUACAUCCUUCAGCAGCUGAGUAAACAGACAAGGCUUGUUUCCUCUCACCAACAAUGAGAUCCUCUGAAGAAUCGUCUCAUGUGAGCUUUGUGACAACAGAAACCACACCUGGUACACAUUACACCUAUGUUUCAACUUUGGUCGAGCCUGUACAAGAAUCAAGUCACGACCCAGGCAGCGCUAACCUCUCUCAUCACUUUCAGAAUGCUGCCUCUAGUCUGAACACAAAUGCAGCACCUGGAUUCUCAAAUUAUGCACCACAUGUCGCCCAGAGCUAUUCUCCACAUUUAUACACAACCGCUGCACAGGGCUACACAAAUCUAAAUGCCGCCCACAAUAAUCAAAUGUCUGUAUCUCAACCUUGGCAAACUUCAGCAUUACCUGAGCAGCCAGCUCAUAAUGUGAGUUCCAGGCCGGCUCAGGCCAUCGGGCAACACCGACCCACCACAACAUCCACACCAUCAUUCCCCACACCGUCUCCAUCAGUGGGGCAAGCAGCCUUCAGGCCUACAAGUAACCAGAACCUGAUGCAACCUAGAGCCCCAGCACCCAAUGUUGCUGCAGCUGCUAACCCAACUUACGCUGAUCUUGGUAUAGUAACAGAAAGACCUAAGAGAACAGAGUUUGCAUUAGUCGAUGCACGGCGCCAGACUUUUCAUAGCUGGCCAGAUGGUCACCAUAUUAAAGUCCAGGAUAUGGUAGAUUGUGGUUUAUAUUAUGCAGGCUAUGGAGACUGUGCCAGGUGUUUUUACUGCGGUGGUGGACUAAGGAAUUGGGAUGAGAAUGAUAACGUAUUUGUCGAGCAUGCCAGGUGGUUCCCUAAGUGUGGCUUUAUCAGACAAAAAGUGGGCCAGGCUUUCAUUGAUGCUGUACAGAAACUAAACAAAGAACAAGAACAAAUUUCGUUUGACAAUGUUAUGGCUCAGAUGGGGCCACUGGCGAAUGCUUUUAAGCUGGAUUGUAAUGAGCCAGAUAUAGGAAGAGAUCCUGCUGUGAAGACACUGUUGGACAUGGGUUACCAGCUUGACACUAUCAGUAGGGCUAUCAUGAUGUUCAGGAACCACGGAAAUGGCAUCCUCUCAGCUGAUACAUUGAUAACAUUGAUUGAACAAGGGGAUAGGCAAGAAACAGGGAUGGAUGAGGAAUGUCUAGACACUACUUACAGGGACACCCUGAGAGAGCUGAGAGAGAGCAACCAGCAGCUGCGCCAACAGACCAUCUGUAAGAUCUGCAUGGACAAGGAGGUGACCAUUGUGUUUCUGCCCUGUGGUCACCUGGUGUCCUGCACGGAGUGUGCAGUGGCACUCAACAGCUGCCCAGUCUGUCGGACAACCAUCAAAGGCACUGUGAGAGCUUUCAUUACUUGAGCCAGCUGUUGAGGGCUGAUGGUUAUAUAAAGACAAGUGUGGUGAAAACUUAUUUACUACAUAGAAAAUAUGAUUUUAUAUUUUAGCAAAAAUUGCUUAGAGAUUUUUGUUAAGCAGUUCUUUUUAAGAAACCAGAAUUUUUUUCAUUCACUGAAAAAUUUGGUAAAAUUUCCACAAAAGUUAUUCAGUUUAUUUUUAAAAAAUCUUAAUCACAUGCACGAAGCAUUUUUAGCAAAGAUUCACUAAAUUAAAAAUACCAACUUCACUUUAUUGCCAUUAAUUGUGUAAAAAAUUCAAUUUUGCAUUUGAUUACUAUAGAAGAAAGUGUGUGCUUGUGUAGAGAAGGUAGUUAGGAUGAU